GUUGAGCGUUCAAGACGAGCGGUUUAAAAAAACUAAAAUAAUUUAAAUACUUAAACUAAGAAAAGUCUACUAAAAACGCGCCAAAGAAAACGGCCUUUAAAUGCAUAAAUAUAUUUUUGUUUAGUUUAUUUGAGUAUUUUUUGACUAAAAUAAAGAAAAUUGUUCAAUAAGAAAUUUAGUUGAAAUAAGGCUGGCAAAGAGAAACGUAUAAGAAAUAUUAAAUAAAUUAAAACAAAAAAAGGAAAUAAAACAUUAAAUAACGUUAAUAAAUAAAGUGAAAAAUAAUAAACAAAAAAGUUGCCAACUAUUUCUUUUACUAAAGUGUGAAUUUUUUUCUUAAUCCGUGCUAUUCAAAAAAAGUUUUCGAAAUUUGAUUUUAGUAGUUUGUUUUAGUGUCUAUUUACAUUUUGCAACAUUGCAACAAGCCACAAAGAAAAUCAGCAAAUAAAUAUCGAAUAAUAAAAGGAAAAUGAAAAAUCCACCCAGCUAUAGUGGAAAAAUGCUGGAAAAAAGUGAAAUUAUAAAUCGUUUAUUUGGUCGCCGUCGUCGUCGUGGUUGUCAUAGUGGCCUUUGGCCAAUUGCCAUUUUGUAUGCGGUAUUUGCCAUGCAACUUUUUGGAAGUUCAAUGGCUUUUACCAUACUUUCGCCCUUUAGUUAUACAUCUUUAAGUUUUAAGAAUCUUUUAAACAGUGUCCUGCUCUCCAGUAACGCCAAUUUGGCUGGCGGUGGUCGUAAUUUAAAAUCAGAUGUUUUGGAAGAUGCUUCACUGAUAACGCCCAAAUUAAUACGUAAAUAUGGCUAUCCCUCCGAAACGCAUACAGUUGUAACCAAGGAUGGUUAUAUACUGGAAAUGCAUCGCAUACCAAAGAAAGGAGCACAACCAGUGCUGCUAAUGCAUGGCAUUUUAGAUACCUCAGCUACAUGGGUGUUAAUGGGUCCCAAAUCAGGUUUGGGUUACAUGUUAUCCGAUUUAGGUUACGAUGUUUGGAUGGGUAACUCACGUGGUAAUCGUUAUUCGAAAAAUCACACUAGCCUUAACAGUGAUUAUAUGGAAUUUUGGGAUUUUACAUUUCAUGAAAUGGGCAAAUAUGAUUUGCCAGCAAAUAUUGAUUAUAUUUUAGCCAAGACCGGUUACGAUCAACUGCAUUAUGUGGGACAUUCACAGGGUACUGCUGUAUUUUGGGUUUUGUGCUCGGAGCAACCACAGUAUACACAGAAAAUACUUUCCAUGCAUGCUUUAGCACCCAUCGCCUAUAUACAUGACAUGAAAAGUCCGCUCUUCCGUACACUGGUAUUAUUUUUAGAUUUUCUAACGGCUGCCACACGCAUGUUACGCAUCACGGAAUUUAUGCCAAAUACAAAAUUUCUUGUCGACCACAGCCAAGUGGUGUGUCACGACAAUGCCAUGACACAGGAUGUUUGUUCCAACAUUCUCUUUUUGGUUGCUGGCUAUAAUUCUGAACAAUUGAAUAAGACCAUGUUGCCCGUCAUGCUAAGUCACACACCUUCCGGAGCAUCGAUUAAACAACUUGAACAUUUUGGUCAACUUAUGAAAUCUGGACAUUUCCGUAAAUUUGAUCGUGGAUAUUUGCGCAAUCAACUCGAAUACAAUCGUAUGACACCACCCGAUUAUGAUUUGAACAAGGUCAAAGUACCCGUGGCCCUCUACUACUCAAUGAACGAUAUGCUGGUGUCGACGACGGGCGUUGAUCGUUUAGCACGUGAAUUGCCACAAGUUAUCGACAAGUAUUUGGUGCCCAUGGAAAAGUUUAAUCAUUUAGAUUUUCUAUGGGCAAUCGAUGUUAAAACACUUGUCUAUAAUCGUCUUGUACGGAAUAUAAGACGUGUAGAGAAUUUCAAAUUAAAGCAUAGCGCUAAUUUAGCAGCAAAUAUGCAGCAACAACAACAGCAGCAGCAGCAGCAACACCACCAACAACGUCAGGAAUUAAUAAAUAAUCAACAUACAGUUCCACUACCAGCUAUGCUGCCACCUCAACUACAACCAAAUCUAGCGAUAGCUAGUGUUAAUGCUCCAAUUAUGGCCAAUCCAACGGCCACUACAACUGCACGAACUAUAACUACUACUCAUAUACAGGCAGUCCAGCAACAGCAACAAACUCAGCCGCAACCCACACAGCAGGAACAGCAACCAGAGCAAUUGCAAACCUUGCCAAGUAUCAUGACAACUGCGUGAAAUUUAAAAUGAGCAGUGUGAUUUUUUUAAACAAAAAAUUAAAAAUCAAUAUUUAAUAAUUAUGUUUCCUAGACAUGACUAUAAAUUUGUAUUAAGGCUAUUCACAGUUUAAAAUUGCACAAAUAUUUAAACUGUGAAUUCUGAAAAACAUUAACAACAUUUCUGAAAACACAUUAUUAUUAAAAAUUUAGAUUUUUUAUGUUGGA